AAACCAAAUCGAACCCAACAACCCACCGCCGUAGAGGCACAGCCAAGUAGAACCGAAGAGAUACAGCGGAAGACGCCAAUAAGGCCACAAGUCCAGAAACCCUCUUUGAAUUCUCUGCGCUUUCCCAUUAUACCCUCCGGUUUUUCUUGUAUUUAUCCUUUAUACCCUUCUUCAGACAUGGCUGCAUUUUGUUCUUCUUUUCCUCCUCCAUACAUGGCUGCUUCGCUUCUUCUCCUAUGCAUGGCAUCGUUUUCUCUCCUUCAAUCCGCGUCUGGGUCUUCUUCUUCAACAUCGUGCAUCCCCGAGCCUCCUUCGUUUCUCUAUAAUCUUCAAUCUCAGUGCCCCGUGUUGGUUCAAUCGAAUCCGCCACUUCAGGUUGAUGGAAAUGUUAUAGAAGAAGUUCUGUCUGGCAGAAAGAGAAUUGAGUAUAUUUCUAUGCUCUUCUAUGCUUCAUGGUGCCCAUUUUCACAAAGGAUGCUUUCUAAAUUCGAAAGCCUUAGUUCCAUGUUUCCUCAAAUUGAGCAUUUGGUUCUUGAGCAAUCAUCAGCUUGGCCAAGCUUAUAUUCAAAAUACGGAAUACAUAGCUUGCCUGCCAUAUUACUUGUGAACCAGACCUCAAGGUUGAGAUAUCAUGGUCCAAAAUAUCUCCUCUCACUUUUGGAGUUUUAUGAGAGAAAUACGAGAUUUGAAGCGAGCAAUAAUGUCAUUGUAAGCAGCAUGAUGAGUGAUGAAAAAUUAAAUAUGAAGUCGUUGCUGGGUUUGUCGCUUAAAGAAAUAUCAAGUAGGGAACCUUACUUAGUAUGCUCUAUUCUGUUUCUCUGUUUGAGGAUACUUCUUUUUGUAUUCCCUAAGAUUGUGUUGCGUCUUCGAGCAUUCUGGGUUUUCUGCAUUCCUCAUCUUAACAUGCAAAUAUUUGGCGAGACGAGCCAAGUGAUGGGACGUGUGCUUCAAGUGAUUGAUGUGAGGAGGGUUUGGAACAAGCUUAGACUAUGCAAGACCAGGAUUUUUCAUGUAAGGGUGAGGAGUGCUCGGGUUUGGGCUUCAUCUCUAGCUUCUGUUUCUCUAGGCGAGUCACCGUCUGCUAGGUUAUCAUCCCAAGGUUUGAACUAACAACCGUAUGAGUCUUUUGGACGGUAGUUAAGAGUUUGUUUUAUCAGAUAAUAUCCUCAAGCUGCAAUGAUGGUUGGCAGCACUUAGUGUUCUCUCUCCUUCUAAUUUUAUUGUUAGUCCUAAUAGGAAGAUGGUAAUUUUAUGUUAAAGUUAUGUUUUUGGAGGAAGCUAGCGGGCAUGUAAAUUUGAGAAGCUGUUUUCCUUUCGUGUAAAUUAGAAGUUUCUGAAUGAAGUCAUACACAUGUUGCUGUAAAUUAAGUAUCCUUCCCAAUCCCCCCCUCCCUCCACCUUCUUUUCUCUCAAACACACCAACACCAUUAUUUUCGUCUAUCUAUAUGCUUAAGUCAAA